AUGCGAGCCACCGGGACCCCCGGGGUAACCGAGCGCACGCGCCCCGCAGGAAACCCCACCAAGUCUCCACCGACGCCUCCGACGCCGCCCGGGCUGGUGCUGCUGCUUCUCCUGUCACUGGUAAGCCGCGUCCGGGCACAGCCACCUGACCCCGGCCGGGCCUUGCUGUCCCCGGAUCUCGCGGGGGUUGCAGGGGUCCCCGCCGAAGAAGCCAUAGUGCUGGCGAACCGCGGGCUCCGGGUGCCCUUCGGCCGUGAGGUCUGGCUGGAUCCGUUGCAGGACCUAGUGCUGCAGGUGCAACCGGGGGAUCGGUGCGCAGUGACCGUGCUAGACAACGACGCGCUGGCCCAGCGGCCCGGCCGCCUGAGUCCCAAGCGCUUCCCCUGCGACUUCGGCGCGGGAGAGGUGCGCUACUCGCACCUGGGCGCGCGCAGCCCGUCGCGGGAUCGAGUCCGGCUGCAGCUGCGCUACGACGCGCCGGGAGGGGCGGCCGUACUCCCCUUGGUGCUGGAGGUGGAGGUGAUCUUCACCCAGCUGGAGGUUGUGACGCGAAACCUGCCCCUGGUCGUGGAGGAGCUGCUGGGGACCAGCAACGCCCUGGACGCGCGGAGCCUGGAAUUCGCCUACCAGCCUGAGACCGAGGAGUGUCGCGUGGGCAUCCUGUCUGGUUUGGGCGCGCUGCCUCGCUACGGGGAACUUCUUCACUACCCGCAGGUCCCGGGCCCGGCCAGCAAGGGGGACACCCAGGAGCCCCUCCUGAUGGACUGCAAAGCAUUCCAGGAGCUGGGCGUGCGCUACCGCCACACCGCCCCCAGUCGUUCUCCGAACAGGGACUGGGUGCCCAUGGUAGUGGAGCUGCGAUCGCGAGGGUCUCCUGUGGGCAGCCCGGCUUUGAAGCGCGAGCACUUCCAAGUGCUGGUGAGAAUCCGAGGAGGGGCUGAGAACACUGCCCCCAAGCCCAGCUUUGUGGCCAUGAUGAUGAUGGAGGUGGACCAGUUUGUCCUGACCGCCCUGACCCCAGACAUGCUGGCAGCCGAGGAUGCUGAGAGUGCCCCAGACUUGCUGAUCUUCAAUCUCACCUCUCCAUUCCAGCCCGGCCAGGGCUUCCUGGUGAGCACUGACGAUCGCAGUCUGCCCCUCUCCUCCUUCACUCAGAGGGAUUUGCACCUCCUGAAGAUUGCCUAUCAGCCCCCCUCUGAAGACUCUGACCAGGAACGUCUCUUUGAACUUGAGCUGGAAGUAGUGGACCCAGAAGGUGCUGCCUCCGAUCCUUUUUCCUUCAUGGUAGUGGUGAAGCCCAUGAACACACUGGCUCCAGUGGUCACCCGGAACACUGGUCUCAUUCUCUACGAGGGCCAGUCUCGGCCCCUCACUGGCCCUGCAGGCAGUGGACCACAAAACUUGGUCAUCAGUGAUGAAGACGACUUAGAGGCCGUACAGCUAGAGGUGGUGGCUGGGCUCCGGCAUGGUCACCUUGUCCUUCUGGGUGCCUCCAGUGGCAGCUCUGCCCCUAAGACCUUUACUGUAGCUGAGCUAGCAGCCGGCCGAGUGGUCUACCAUCACGAUGACAAAGACGGCUCACUAAGUGACAACCUCGUACUCCGAAUGGUGGACGGAGGACGCCGGCACCAGGUGCAGUUUCUGUUCCCCAUCACCUUAGUGCCUGUGGAUGACCAACCACCAGUCCUCAAUGCCAACACGGGGCUGACGCUGGCAGAGGGCGAAACUGUGCCCAUCCUGCCCCAAGCUCUGAGUGCAACUGACAUGGACUCAGAGGACUCCUUGCUGCUUUUUGUGCUCGAGGCACCCUCCUCCACUGCAGGGCAUCUGCUUCUCCGCCAGACCCAUCCUCCCCAGGGGGAGGAGAUGCUUCUCGGGAGCCCUUGGAGAAAACAGGGAGUGUUCUAUGAGAAAACAGUGACAGAGUGGCGGCAGCGAGACAUAACUGAGGGGAGACUUUUCUACAGGCACUAUGGGCCCCACAGUCCUGGGCCAGUGAUUGACCAGUUCACAUUUCGUGUCCAGGAUAACCAUGACCCCCCUAAUAAGUCUGGGCUACAGAGGUUCGUGAUACGCAUUCAUCCCGUGGACCGCCUCCCUCCUGAGCUGGGCAGCGGCUGUCCCCUUCGGAUGGUGGUACAGGAAUCCCAGCUCACACCACUGAGGAAGAAGUGGCUACGCUACACAGACCUGGACACAGAUGACCGAGAACUCCGUUACACGGUGACCCAGCCCCCGAUGGACACAGAUGAAAACCACUCACCAGCCCCGUUGGGCACCUUGGUCCUGACUGACGAUCCUUCAGUGGUGGUGGCCCAUUUUACACAAGCUCAGGUCAACCACCAUAAGAUUGCUUACAGGCCUCCAGAUCAGGAGCUGGGAGUGGCUGCCCGAGUGGCCCAGUUUCAAUUCCAGGUGGAGGACCAAGCUGGGAACGUGGCUCCAGGCACCUUCACCUUUUACUUGCAGCCAGUGGACAACCAGCCACCCGAAAUCCUCAACACUGGCUUCACCGUUCAGGAGAAGAGCCAUCACAUCCUGAGUGAGACUGAGUUGGGUGUGAAUGAUGUGGACACUGAUGUGGCCCACAUCACCUUCACUCUCAUACAGGUGCCCAAACAUGGCCACAUGAAGCUGUCUGGACAGGUACUGCAUGUUGGUGGGAUUUUCCACUUGGAGGACAUAAAACAGGGUCGGAUUUCCUAUGCCCAUAAUGAGGCUGAGUCUCUGACCGAUAGCUGCUCCUUAGAGGUCAGUGAUGGACACCACGUGGUACCUAUCACUCUCAGAGUGAAUGUCCGGCCCAUGGACGGUGAGCUGCCCAUGCUGAGCCUUCCUGCAGGCACUCUGGGGUCCUAUCUAGACGUUUUAGAAAAUGGGGCUACUGAAAUCACUGCCAAUGUUAUCAGGGGGACCAAUGGGGACGCUGAUGAUUUGAUGUUGACUUUCCUUUUGGAAGAUGCACCCCUAUAUGGAGAAAUCUUGGUCAAUGGAGUUCCAGCAGAGCAGUUUACCCAAAGAGACAUCUUGGAGGGCUCCGUCGUCUACUCUCACACAAGUGGGGAGAUAGGUCUCUUGCCCAAAGAAGACUCUUUCAACCUGAGUCUGUCGGAUAUGUCUCAAGAAUGGAGAAUAGGCGGUAACACUAUCCAAGGAGUUACCGUGUGGGUGACCAUCCUCCCUGUUGACAGCCAGGCCCCAGAAAUUUCUGUAGGUGAACAGUUUAUUGUUCUGGAAGGCGAUAAAAGCGUUAUAACCUCAAUGCACAUAAGUGCUGAAGACAUCGAUUCUCUCAAUGACGACAUCUUGUGCACCAUCAUCAUUCAGCCUACCUCGGGUUACGUGGAGAACAUCUCUCCAGCCCCUGGCUCUGAAAAAUCGAGAGCAGGAAUUGCUAUAAGUGCUUUCACUCUGAAAGAUCUCAGGCAAGGUCAUAUAAACUACGUCCAGAGUGUCCAUAAAGGAGUAGAACCGGUGGAAGACAGAUUUAUAUUUCGCUGUUCUGAUGGCAUUAACUUUUCAGAGAGACAUUUUUUCCCCAUUGUAAUCAUUCCCACCAAUGAUGAACAGCCAGAAAUAUUCAUCAGGGAAUUUAUGGUGAUGGAAGGCAUGAGUCUGGUGGUUGAUACACCCAUCCUCAAUGCCGCUGAUGCUGAUGUUCCCCCAGAUGACUUAACUUUCACUAUUACCAAGGUUCCCACCCACGGUCACAUCAUGAACCAGCUGAUAAAUGGCACGGUUUUGGUGGAGAGCUUCACCUUGGACCAGAUCAUAGAGAGUUCCAGCAUCAUUUAUGAGCACGAUGACUCUGAGACUCAGGAAGACAGUUUCGUGAUUAAACUCACAGAUGGUAGGCACUCUGUGGAAAAGACGGUCCUCAUUAUGGUUAUUCCUGUUGAUGACGAGACCCCUAGGAUGGCCAUCAAUAAUGGACUGGAAAUAGAAAUUGGGGAAACCAAAAUUAUCAACAACAGAAUAUUAAUGGCAACUGAUUUAGAUUCUGAAGACAAAUUCUUGGUUUACAUUAUUCGUUAUGGGCCGGGACAUGGCUUAUUACGGAGACAAACACCGACGGGUGUGUUUGAAAAUAUCACAUUGGGCAUGAAUUUUACCCAGGAUGAAGUAGACAGAAAUUUGAUUCAGUAUGUCCAUUUUGGGCAAGAGGGCAUUCGGGAUCUAAUUAAAUUUGACGUGACUGAUGGAAUCAAUGCCCUCAUAGAUCGCUACUUUUAUGUGUCUAUUGGAAGCCCUGACGUUGUCUUCCCCGAUGUGAUAAGUAAAGGAGUGUCCUUGAAGGAAGGUGGUAAGGUCACCCUUACGACAGAUCUACUGAGCACUAGUGACUUGAACAGUCCUGAUGAAAACUUAGUUUUUACCAUCACCAGGGCUCCCAUGAGAGGCCACUUAGAAAGCACAGACCAACCUCGAGUGUCUAUCACAUCUUUCACUCAGCUCCAACUGGCUGGCAAUAAAAUCUACUAUAUCCACACAGCUGAUGAUGAGGUAAAGAUGGACAGUUUUGAGUUUCAAGUCACUGAUGGACGUAACCCUGUCUUCCGGACAUUCCGUAUCUCCAUCAGCGAUGUGGACAACAAAAAGCCAGUGGUCACCAUCCAUAACCUGGUUGUCAGCGAAGGUGAAAAGAAGCUGAUUACUCCCUUUGAACUCACUGUGGAAGACAGGGAUACUCCAGACAAACUCUUGAAAUUCACUGUCACCCAGGUGCCUGUUCAUGGUCAACUCCUGUUCAACAAUACCAGACCCGCCAUGAUUUUUACCAAGCAGGACUUGAAUGAAAACUUAAUCAGCUACAGACAUGAUGGUACUGAGUCAAGUGAAGACAGCUUCUCCUUCACAGUGACUGAUGGUUCCCAUACAGAGUUCUAUGUUUUUCCUGAUACAGCAUUUGAAACAAGAAGACCCCAAGUAAUGAAGAUCCGGAUCUUAGCUGUUGACAACAGAGUCCCCCAAAUUGUAGUGAACAAAGGGGCCUCUACCCUUCGCACUCUUGCCACAGGCCACUUGGGGUUCAUGAUCACAAGUAAAGUAUUGAAAGCAGAGGACAGAGACAGCUUACACGUUUCUCUCCGGUUUAUUGUGACGGAGGCCCCCCGACAUGGAUAUCUCCUCAACCUGGGCCAAGGCAACCACAGUGUGACUGAGUUUACACAAGCUGACAUUGAUGAUAUGAAAAUAUGCUAUGUCUUAAGAGAAGGGGCUAAUGCCAUAAGUGACAUAUUCCACUUUACAGUUGAAGAUGGGGGUGGAAACAAAUUAACCAAGCAGCAUUUUCGUCUGAAUUGGGCAUGGAUCUCCUUUGAAAAGGAAUAUUACUUGAUCAAUGAGGACUCCAAAUUUCUAGAUGUCGUGCUUAAGCGCAGAGGUUAUUUGGGAGAGACUUCCUUUAUAAGUAUUGGCACGAGAGAUGGGACUGCAAAGAAAGACAAGGACUUCAAGGGCAAAGCACAGAAGCAAGUGCAGUUCAACCCAGGCCAGACCCGGGCCACGUGGAGAGUGCGGAUUCUGAGCGAUGGGGCACACGAGCAGUCCGAGACCUUCCAGGUGGUUCUCUCAGAGCCCGUGCUGGCUGCCCUGGAGUUCCCUGCAGUGACCACAGUGGAGAUCGUGGACCCAGGAGAUGAAUCAACUGUGUUCAUCCCCCAGUCUGAAUAUUCCAUUGAAGAGGACAUUGGCGAACUGUUCAUUCCCAUCAGGAGAAGUGGAGACGUGAGCCAGGAGUUGAUGGUGAUCUGUUAUACACGGCAAGGAACGGCAAGAGGAACCGUGCCAACAUCUGUGCUCUCCUAUUCUGAUUACAUAUCCCGGCCCGAGGACCAUACCAGUGUUAUCCGCUUUGACAAAGAUGAGCGGGAGAAGAUGUGUAGGGUCGUUAUAAUUGAUGACUCCUUGUUUGAAGAGGAGGAAACAUUCCACGUUCUCCUGAGCAUGCCGAUGGGUGGGAGAAUUGGAUCAGAGUUCCCAGAGGCUCAGGUUACAAUCAGACCCGACAAAGACGACGAGCCCGUCUUCUACUUUGGAGACGUCGAGUACUCUGUGGAUGAGAGUGCGGGCUCGGUGGAGGUGCGGGUGUGGAGGAGUGGCACUGACCUGUCCCAGGCUUCCAGCGUCACCGUGACAUCGCAGAAAACAGACCCUCCCUCAGCCGAUGCCGGAACAGACUACGUGGGAAUCAGCCGUAAUUUAGAUUUUGCACCUGGAGUCAACAUGCAAACCGUUCGUGUUAUCAUUUUGGAUGAUCUCGGACAACCAAUGCUGGAGGGUGUUGAGCAGUUUGAAUUGGUUCUCCGAAUGCCUAUGAAUGCAGCUCUUGGGGACCCCAGCAAAGCCACGGUGAUCAUAAAUGAUUCUGUCUCAGAUUUACCUAAGAUGCAAUUCAAAGAACGACUAUAUACUGGCAAUGAAAAUGAUGGGCAGAUAGUCGCCAUGAUCCACCGGAGUGGGGAUAUCCAAUAUAGGUCUUCAGUGAGAUGCUACACGCGACAGGGCUCCGCACAGGUGAUGAUGGACUUUGAAGAACGCCCCAAUACUGACAUCUCCAUCAUCACAUUCCUCCCUGGGGAGAUCGAAAAGCCUUGCAUCCUGGGGCUGAUGGAUGACGUAUUGUACGAGGAGAUAGAGGAGCUCCGACUGGUUCUUGGCACCCCACAAAGCAACUCUCCUUUUGGAGCUGCAGUUGGGGAACAAAAUGAAACUCUGAUAAGGAUCCGAGACGAUGCUGAUAAGACAAUUAUUAAAUUUGGAGAGACCAAAUUCAGCGUCAGUGAACCCAAAGAACCAGGACAGUCAGUGAUUAUAAAAAUUCCAGUGAUUCGCCAAGGAGACACUUCAAAAGUUUCCAUCGUGAGAGUUCACACCAAGGAUGGCUCGGCCACUUCUGGAGAGGACUAUCACCCUGUGUCGGAAGAAAUUGAGUUUAAGGAGGGAGAAACCCAGCACACUGUGGAAAUUGAAGUAAUAUUCGAUGGCGUAAGAGAGAUGAGAGAGGCCUUCACUGUCCACCUAAAACCUGAUGAAAAUAUGAUAGCAGAGACACAGGCGACCAAAGCCAUUGUGUAUAUAGAAGAAACAAACAGCGUGGCCGAUGCCACUUUUCCUUCUGUCCCUCAAGUUGUGUCCUUGCUGAUGUACGAUGACCCUUCCAGGGCCAAAGAGAGUGCUGGGCCUGUGUCUGGUUAUCCUGUCGUCUGUAUCACAGCUUGCAACCCUAAAUAUUCAGACUACGAAAAAACAGGCUCUAUUUGUGCAAGUGAGAACAUCAAUGAUACUUUGACCCGGUACCGAUGGCUGAUCAGCGCCCCCGCCGGCCCCGACGGCGUGACCAGCCCCAUGAGAGAAGUGGACUUUGACACCUUUUUCACUUCGUCCAAGAUGAUCACUUUAGACUCCAUAUACUUCCAGCCUGGCUCCAGAGUGCAGUGUGCAGCUCGGGCUGUGAAUGCUGACGGCAGUGAAGGCUUGGAGCUGAUGAGUCCUAUUGUGACCAUCGGCAGAGAUGAAGGUCUUUGCCAGCCCCGAGUGCCAGGGAUAGUGGGAGCAGAGCCCUUCUCAGCUAAACUGCGCUACACGGGCCCCGAGGACUCAGAGUACACGAACCUCAUCAAGCUCACCGUCACGAUGCCCCACAUAGACGGCAUGCUCCCUGUAAUCUCUACCAAAGAGCUUUCCAACUUUGAACUCACUCUCAGCCCUGAUGGCACCCGUGUUGGAAACCACAAGUGCUCCAACCUCUUGGAUUACACCGAAGUAAAGACCCACCACGGUUUCUUGACUGAUGCUACUAAAAAUCCAGAAAUAAUUGGAGAGACUUAUCCUUACCAGUACAGCUCAUCUAUCAGAGGUUCCAAUACCUUACGCUUCUACCGAAACCUGAACCUAGAGGCCUGCUUAUGGGAGUUUGUUAGCUACUACGACAUGUCCGAGCUGCUCACUGACUGUGGAGGGACCAUUGGAACCGAUGGACAGGUCCUAAACCUAGUGCAGUCCUACGUGACUCUUCGGGUCCCUCUGUAUGUCUCCUACGUGUUCCACUCCCCCGUUGGGGUCGGAGGCUGGCAGCACUUUGACUUGAAGUCCGAACUCCGUCUGACAUUCGUGUAUGACACUGCCAUCUUGUGGACCGAUGGAAUUGGCAGCCCCCCAGAAGCUGAACUCCAAGGUUCUCUCUACCCAACCAGCAUGCGCAUCGGUGAAGAGGGGCGUUUGGUCGUGAACUUCAAGACGGAGGCUCAGUUCCAUGGCUUGUUUGUGCUGUCACAUCCUGCAUCCUUCACAAGCUCAGUGAUCAUGUCAGUCGAUCAUCCAGGUCUAACCUUUUCCCUGCGUCUCAUAAGAAGUGAACCAACCUAUAACCAGCCAGUCCAGCAGUGGAGCUUUGUGUCUGACUUUGCAGUCCGUGACUACUCAGGUACCUACACAGUAAAACUGCUGCCGUGCACCACUCCAUCUCAUCAGGAAUACCACCUGCCUGUCACCUGCAACCCCAGAGAGCCUAUCACGUUUGACCUUGACAUCCGCUUCCAACAGGUCAGUGACCCGGUGGCGGCUGAGUUUAGCUUGAACACCCAGAUGUACCUCCUCUCCAAGAAGAGCCUCUGGCUGUCUGAUGGAUCCAUGGGAUUUGGGCAGGAGAGCGACGUUGCCUUUGCAGAAGGUGAUAUCAUUUACGGUCGGGUCAUGGUGGAUCCGGUCCAGAAUCUAGGUGAUUCCUUUUACUGCAGCAUUGAGAAGGUGUUUCUGUGCACUGGGGCUGACGGCUACGUUCCCAAGUACAAUCCAACGAAUGCAGAAUACGGCUGCUUGGCUGAUUCGCCUUCACUCUUAUAUAGAUUUAAAAUUGUGGACAAAGCUCAACCAGAAACACAAGCCACCAGCUUUGGAAAUGUCCUGUUUAAUGCCAAACUGGCGGUGGAUGACCCUGAAGCUAUCCUCUUAGUGAAUCAGCCUGGAUCUGAUGGAUUUAAAGUCGACUCAACACCACUCUUUCAGGUUGCUCUGGGUCGAGAAUGGUACAUACACACCAUCUACACAGUAAGAUCGAAAGACAACGCCAACCGAGGCAUUGGCAAACGCAGCGUGGAGUACCGGCACCACUCUUUGGUGAGUCAAGGGAAGCCCCAGGCAGCUACCAAGAGCCGGAAGAAGAGGGAGAUCAGAAGCAGCCCUCCGCUGGCGUGGGAAAUCGGGGCUGAGAACAACCGGGGAACAAACAUCCAGCACAUCGCCCUGGACCGCAGCAGCAGGAAGCAGAUCCUUCGCGGGAGGGUUUCCCCUGACGGCGUCCUCCCCCGGGAGCUCAACAGUCCCAGCUCUGAGGUCAGCCUGCUCACAGUGGUGGGGGGCGUCGCGGUGGGACUCCUGGCGGUCAUCCUCACUGCCGUCGCGGUGAUGAUGCACCAGGGCAAGAAGGGUGCCAGGAGGAAGGACGCGCCCAAGGACCCUGGCAGCCGUGAGCCCAUGAUGCCCUCGGUGAGCCACCACAGCGACAGCUCGGAGGUUUGAUGGCUGCAGGGGAAACCCAGCCUUUUCCUCCAGUGCCCAGGAAAAGACAAUCGAAACCCAGUGCUUCUGCCGACGGCAGAGAAUUGGGGACUUCUGUGACAAAGCUGCUCAGAGGACCUGACUGUACUAGUGAGCGUUGAUUCGCAUUCUGUCUGCGUUCAGGCAUCAGAGGACACCUUCAGACCGUAGACCACAUCUUUCCUCUUGCCCAGAAGGCAUCAAGUAUAUAUCCCCGUGUACACACAACCAUGGUAGACGGCGACGAAUGUACUCACCUUAGGCAUUUUCUCUACGCAGUGGAGAUGAACCUGGUGCUCACAGACCCCUUCAGAAACUUGACAGGAGUCUCUUGUUGCUAUAUUGGUGUGAAUCUUGAAGGUGCAAUUAUCACACUGUUUAUUCAUUAUAUAACGUUUUAGUACUCCAAAGGUUUUCAUCAGUAGUCUUGAAGAAUGAUAAACACACUGUUUAUGGUGACAAGUUUUCUAAUAGGUGAAGACAGCAUGGAAUUAUGACCAAGGGUAGCUCAACCCACAAAUCACCUUUUUUACCUACUUGAGAGGGAAUGGAAGGAAAGAUAGAGGGCAAGUAGCUCAGCCACUUGCAUUUGCCUUGUUCCUCAUCUUCGUCGGAUCCUUCUUGUUUCAUUUGCUUAUUUAAUUUUAAAUUAAACCAAAGAAUACGUUGAGUCUGGAGAAAAUGGUUGAAGUGAGACUGCUCUGUUUGGGUACAUAGUAAGAAAUAGUAGAAUUCUUGCAUGAUAAUAUACCUUAUUGGUGCUCAUUUGUGGGACAUGAGCAGGAUGGUGGCAGUUUGAUGAUGAAGAAAUGCCAUAGAGUUAGAUCCCCAUUUACAAGACAAUGUUCUCGAAGAACUGAGCCUAGAUGUUUGCAGUAUUGAACCCGUAAAUGAUAAGGAGAAAUGUCAUUGUGAUGGUGAAGGGAGAAAGUAGUAUUUAUUAAUAUAAUAUGUUUAACCAAAGUGCCUCUUACAUAUACUUUAUGGAAUAAAAGAACAUUUUGACGAUGACAUAUGAGGUUAACCCUCACAACAGCAUUACACAAUGAGGUCCAAAACUUAAAUUGUCCAAAAGGUAUUUUAUUAGCUUUCUAAGCAGCACCUGGUCCAAACAAUGGGAAUCCCUUCAACCGUCAUUCCAGAGAUGAUCUUAGAGAUGGCCAGCAUCACUCAUCAUAUUCUUCUUCUUCUUCUUCUUCUGGCCAUGCCACAAGGCAUGCAAGAUCUUACUUCCCCAACCAAGGAUCGAACCUGUGCCCCCUGCAGUGGAAGCUCAGAGUUCUGACCACUGGACCACCAGGG